UUAGCGCUUGUGCGAAUAAGCUUUGACGUUUGUGAAUGUCAACCUAACCUACGUUUUGUGUACGUUUUUCCAAUUUAAUAUUUCUUGAAAGUGAUCGAUGGUGAACGAUAAAAAGCGCCGUUCUCGUAGCAGAGACCGCCUGGAUAAGAGACGGCGUUCGCGCUCACGUAGCAAAGAGCGCCCCCACAAACGGUACAGGUCUCGUUCCCGAGACAAGUACGAGAGUUCCAGCAGCAAAUACGACAGGUACAGUAAGUCUGAACGUGACCGGAAAGAUGAUAAAGACAAGAAAUCGAAAGACUCGCGAAAGCGAUCACCAACACCAGAGACAGAAACGAAACCCGACACGAAAUCAGACGUGAAACAGGAACCAGCACCUAAGAAGGAACCCUUGUCAUUGGAGGAGCUUCUGGCUAAGAAAAAGGCCGAAGAAGCGGCCAAAAGCAAGCCGGUGUUUUUGACCAAGGAACAGCGAGCCGCAGAGGCGUUGAAACGUCGUCAGGAGGAAGUUGACCGUUUGAGGAAACAACAAGAAGCCGAACGGAAAAUAAUCGAAAACGUGCAAGCUUCCAGACAGGAGGAACAGAGAAAGGAUGACCGGGAGUUUCGGCGGCCGCGUGAUCGCGAAAAAGACGAAGACAAACAGAAGGAUAAAGACAGGGAGAAGGAAUCCGACGCGAUUAAAGAACGCUACUUGGGUUUGAUAAAAAAGAAGCGACGAGUUAGGCGUUUGAACGACCGAAAGUUCGUGUUCGACUGGGACGCCGGUGAGGACACGUCCCAGGACUACAAUCCCUUGUACAAAGAGCGCCACCAGGUGCAAUUUUUCGGCCGCGGAAACCUCGCCGGAAUCGACAUCAAGGCCCAAAAACGCGACCAAAGCAAAUUCUACGGCGAACUACUCGAAAAACGCCGCACCGAAGCGGAAAAAGCCCAGGAAAAAGUCAGGUUGAAGAAAGUCAGACGUAAGGAAGAGAAGCAACUGUGGGACGAUCGCCACUGGUCGGAGAAAGACGUCUCGGAAAUGACCGAGCGUGAUUGGCGCAUUUUCCGCGAAGAUUACAACAUCACAAUCAAAGGCGGCAAAAUCCCGGAACCCAUCCGCUCCUGGAAAGAGUCAGGCAUCCAGAAAGAGCUGCUGGAAAUCAUCGAUAAAGUGGGCUACAAGGAACCAACCCCCAUCCAGAGACAGGCGAUUCCCAUCGGGAUGCAGAACCGGGAUAUUAUCGGGGUUGCGGAGACCGGUUCGGGCAAAACGCUUGCGUUUUUGAUCCCGCUUUUAUCCUGGAUUCAAUCGCUCCCGAAAAUCGAACGCACUGAAGAUGCCGAUCAGGGCCCCUAUGCCAUUAUUUUAGCCCCCACGCGUGAAUUGGCCCAACAGAUCGAGGAGGAGACGGUGAAGUUUGGCCAACCGUUGGGGAUCCGCACUGUGGUGGUUGUGGGCGGUUUAAGUCGCGAGGAGCAAGGUUUUAGGCUGCGAAUGGGGUGCGAGAUUGUUAUUGCAACCCCGGGACGACUUAUUGAUGUUUUGGAAAAUCGCUACUUGGUCCUGAACCAGUGCACGUACAUUGUUAUGGACGAAGCCGAUCGCAUGAUUGAUUUGGGAUUUGAGGCAGAUGUGCAAAAAAUUUUGGAGUACAUGCCGGUCACUAACUUGAAACCGGACUCGGAAGAAGCGGAAGAUAGUAAAAUAAUUUUGGCGAAUUACAACAGUAAGAAGAAAUAUCGGCAAACGGUGAUGUUUACGGCAACUAUGCCACCGGCGGUUGAGCGACUGGCGAGGACGUAUUUGAGACGUCCGGCGGUUGUGUACAUUGGUUCGAUCGGGAAACCGACGGAACGGGUCGAACAAAUUGUGCAUAUUAUGACUGAGAACGAUAAGAGGAAGAAGUUGAUGGAGUAUUUGUCCAAAGGGGUCGAUCCACCGAUUAUUAUUUUUGUUAAUCAGAAGAAAGGGGCCGAUGUUUUGGCCAAAGGGUUGGAGAAGUUGGGCUACAAUGCGUGUACGCUCCAUGGGGGUAAGGGGCAGGAGCAGAGAGAGUACGCACUGGCUAGUCUCAAGUCGGGGGCUAAGGACAUUUUGGUGGCCACUGACGUGGCUGGGAGAGGGAUUGAUAUUAAGGAUGUUUCCGUUGUUAUUAAUUACGACAUGGCCAAGACUAUUGAAGAUUACACCCAUCGUAUUGGCCGAACCGGCCGUGCCGGGAAGAGCGGGGUGGCUAUCAGUUUUUGCACCAACGACGACUCGGCCCUAUUUUACGAUUUGAAGCAAAUGUUGCUAUCGUCACCUGUCUCAACGUGCCCCCCUGAACUAAUGAACCACCCUGAAUGCCAGAUUCGGCCCAAUCAGCCGAAACGCCGCCGCGACGAAAUGAUUUUCGCUUAAUUAAAAUAAAACUCGAUGUUUACUUAGCCUUUAUUCUUAAAAACAAAAUCUUAUUACACUAGUGGUCAAUUAUUAUGAGUUCGUCUAUGCCCCAAUCCUCGUACGAGUGGUCGGGUAAAUAACGCCGGAUUAUGAUGGGGAUUUUCCGUUGUUUGAGUUCUUUCAUUGCGAUUUGAAGCGGGUCUGUCUCUCCGUCUAGUUCCACCAUAACUGGGGCACACAUGGCGAUUUGCAAAGCUCUUGUUCCCAAAACACGAGCUCUUUCGUAUUUGGUCAUGUAUUUGGUUGUUAUGCGUUUGUUUUUGGGCACUCCGCCCCCGGCUUGGCCAUGAGCGAGGAUGUCGAUGUUGUCGCCUUCCUCCUCGGGCUGCUCCAGCUCCUCGAUGUUGUCGUCAUCGACGUCGUCGUCGAAGUCGUCCCCCACGUCAUCACCGUCGAAUUCUUCGUCAUUCAUUCUCGAUUUCUAGCUAAUUGACUAAUUUAAAGGCAUACACAAACAUAGCACAACGUUCAGAUGUCAAA